GUUUAAAACCUUUUUUAAUUUGCUGGAUGAUAUGAUGUAACCCUUGGCGAUUCGGACUGCUGCUGCCCUGCUGUAUACAAUGACCGUGUUGCUGCCAGCGAGUGGGUCCUUUCGCUUAACGUGGUUAUUGAUCACAACGAAACUCGGCUGGCACGCUGUGGCAGACUGGGAGAGCGGCGGGGGUUAGAUGCUCCACAAUCCACUGCUAAUUUCAGAUGUAUUCCGUCUGACGUCAGGAGAGGAUUUGCCCGAACGUGUUUUUCCCCCCUCCCCAAUCCCGCGAACCUGACAACCGGAUCAGGAUGCUGGCUUGAAAUAUAAAGAGUGCCGAGUUGGGAAAAUAGGAAUCUCCCCGGGCCGGGGGUUAGUGGGGAAGAGGAGCGGCAGCGGCAGGCUCACCGUGAAAUUGCCCCGGCAGCUCGCAGUGGAGAAGUCUCCGGGAUGACUACAUCUUACUAAUAAACCGAGAUCGCCCCCCCCCCACAAAAAAAAGAGUAUUUAAGAGCCAGCUGUUGAAGAAAGGGGAGGGCGAACCGAGAUUUCGCUGAGCCUGUACCGGGGGGACGGGGGAGGGGGGGGACAACAAGCUCCAGGAAAGUGACGGCGGGGGAUUCAGAGAGGAGCCUGAGCCUGAUCCGGAGCCAGGGAACGGGGCGGCUGCCGAAGCUUCCCCGGUGUGUUGGGCCGGCUGCGUGCGUGUGGAGUUGCUUUAAAGCGUCGCCGGCGGACAGAAGCAAAAGUCCGGCCGGCAGAUCUCCUCCCCCCUCCAGAUCAUGAGCUGUCCGCUCUGCCCCGAGAGUGGAGGAGAGCCGCGGCGAAGCGCCAGGUUGUCAGCAGCGGCGUGCGGGGACACCUCCCGGUGAAGUGAAGGCAAGUGAGUGUCCCCGCCAAUACCCCCCUCACCUCGCCCAACAAGCUACAGCUGUUUUCAUUGCCGGGAGAGGUCUGGCUGGGGGGUGGGGGGGAAGAACGGGAGAGAGGUUUCAGCCGUCCCACCCGGAGUGAGUUUACCCUCGGAGGGUCGAGUGCGGAGAUCGGGUGCAGCGAGGAGCCGGAGAGAGGAACGCCGCUUCAUCCCCACUGCAUGGAUCGAGCAGAGCCGGGCGGCGCGCACCCCUCGCCCCUUUGAAGGAUUGCACCGUUUCUGGGCCGGAGGAGGAGAGCAGGGGGAAGGCACGGGCACUCUACAUGCUCCCUUCUAGCGAAAAGUACCGCUUGCUGCCAGCCACUCAACCGCCUCGCACCAUGCAGCUCCUGAAAGCAGUGUGGGCUUUGGCCGGAGCCGCUGUCUGCUGCGUGCUGCUGUUCGUUAUCCAUUCACACUUCCUAAAAGAAGGUCAACUUGCUGCAGGCACUUGUGAGAUAGUCACCCUGGACAAAGAUAGCAGUCAACCACGAAGGACUAUAGCCAGACAAACUGCUAGGUGUGCAUGUAAAAAGGGGCAGAUUGCCGGCACAACAAGAGCAAAACCAGCCUGUGUGGAUGCAAGGAUUGUAAAGACUAGACAGUGGUGUGAAAUGCUUCCCUGUUUGGAAGGAGAAGGCUGCAAUUUAUUAAUGAAUAAAUCAGGCUGGACCUGCACACAGCCAGGUGGGCGAAUAAAGACAACUACGACCAAGGCUGUGAUGAGGUCAGGAGUGAAGUGGCCAUAAUGGAACCCAAGCUGUGCAUUGGUGAAUUGGUCUCCUGACAAAUGCAUCAAGAAAGAAUCCUUUUAGGAGCAGCUUAGAACUCUGAGUGACCUAUUUACCCUAGCCAUGUUCUUCUGCUGCAGACUGUCACCUGGUGUACGUUAUUUCCUCAAUUCUCUUUGACUGUGAGUCAAAGGACACAAUCCCAUCUAUGACUUUAGAGCUGAAGUUUCACUCAUUCUGAAGAUGAACAGGUGCAGCACAUAGAUGACUGAGCCAAUCUUGGAUGGCAGCAACGUUGACCAUGUUUGGAACUCGUUGUCCCUACAUUUCAGCCGGAGUUGGACUUGCCUUUGUCCUAUUGAUGUUGCAACCCAGAGAGCCUGUUUUUACAGAAGACUGAACUAUUUCUAUCAGUCCUUAGCAGGUGGUGAAUCUUAGCUUCAGGUGGGACAUUAGAAGAGUUACAGAAGGCUCCUCAAACAAAGACACUGUGCUUUUAUGCGUGUAACUCUCUCUCUCUCUCUCUGACGUCUAUACAUCUAUUUCCUCAUCGUUGUUCACAGAACAGUAGACCAAAGAACACACGGAGAAUGCUGAAGUGGACACUAUCUCAUUGUGAAUGAGCUUUACUGGUUUCCAUUGUAGUGGGUUUCUGAUGGAUUUUGAUUCAGUUUUUCUUUCCUAGAGCUGAAAUAAAUCAUUACUGGCUAGGGUAAAUUCUUUAUUGGGAAAAAAAAUAAAGGGAGUCCUGAUGUAAGAUGUCUAAGGAUCUAAUGGAGCAUGGAGAUAAAAUAGUUUAUUUCCUGUCACAAAAAAAGACACAUAUGAACAUUUGCGCUGGGAGGAUAUCUUAGUCUCCUGUUUAGUUUGGCUGACUUAUUUCUCAUUCUUAAGACCUGUUGUAUUUCAACCAGAAAGAAAGAACAAAAAAAAAGUGAACCCUCUGAAGCUCUUUAUUUCCUUUCCCAGCACAAUAGUAGCUACUGUCCAACAACAUUCGCAAUGAGCAUGUCUGGCUACCUGCAGCCUGUGUCACAUUUCAACCAACCAUCCACCGCGAGAAAUAAAAAAAAAACGAUCACAUUAGAGGAGAAAGUAACAUUUCUUGAAAACAGGAUCAUUAAAUGUAUUUUGAGAAACCUAAAGUUAUAUAUUUAACAGUUUUUAUAUGUUGUAUCUUUGUAGAAAAUCUUAUUUAACAAAUAAUGUGGUCGUACUAUGCCAGCCUUGAAAGCAGUCAAGAGUUGUGUUUUAACUUCUGGUAUCUGUCAAAGAGAUGAUUGAUGUAUUUUUUCCUUUGGACCACUCUGGAUCUGAAAACUGACCACAAAGAACUCUGUAGAAAAAAAAGUGCUGUUUAUACAUCAAUACAUUCAACCAUUGCACUGUAGGAAGGCAGUUCAUUUCUUUUAUGUACUGGUAUAAUAGAGUGGAAAACAUUGUAAACUUUGCUAUCAGUACUGGUUUUCAUUUCUCCCCCUUUUUCUCAUGGUUGACUCUUACUAAAUUGGAUUUCUGAGCUAUUCUAAAGUCAUACAAUACAAGCUCUGACUGGAGUUUUGUUGAAAAACAUUGGGCAGGACUAAUCAUUAUCCUGUUCCCACAGAUCCACUGAAAUAGCACUCUUUUUUGCUAUUAUACACAAAAUGAGAUCUUUCUGACCUAAAAUGUGAGUUGCUAAUUUACUAGAAUAGGGCAGCCAAAGUCUAGGUCAGUUUUUAAACUGUAAUUUCUUAUUGCAGCCUAUAUCUGUGUUCUAUAAGUUGAAAGCCGUUGUAUUUGCCUCCAAAAGAAUAUUGAACUUCUUCAGCUGAAAAAGCAGACACUGAACUUGCUGGCUCACUUACAUUGAAAACAGAUGAUUGUACAGUCCACUAUGAAAUUGCUUUUCUUUGAACUUCACAUUAGUCUGAAGAGUAAGCAAGGCAAAAGACCAAAGCUUGAAUCUGAAAUUAAUUUUUCCCCUACCUGUCAAGAUAUUAAUGAGCAAUGGAAAAUUCAAAUGUCAUUUGGUAACAUUUGGUUUUGAUUUCAAUCAAUGUAGAUCUGGUUUAAAAUAAUCAGUAAAGUAUAGACUUACUUACCUACCUACUGCCCAUUAUGUCACUGGCAUUUAGGGCAGCAAUGAAGGUCCUCCAUCUCUGGUGGCACUUGGGUCUUCCUUCAUUGUGUCAGGAGCUCAGUUUUCACUCCUAUCAGUCAUGCAAGUCCCGGGUGGAGACUCAGGAAUACCAUCGCACUCAGAUGUAGAACUCUUCUUGUUGUUUCCCUGAGAGUUUUGUUUUACCAAUCAACGCUGUUAGCCUUGAGCUGAAUCUCCGAAUCUAGAGGUCUUGGUCUGGCCUCUAACCUUUGACCUGUUUGGCAUGGGUGACCCUACCAAGAGCCAAAGCAUAAAGCCCUGACUCUAGCCAACAUAGCCCUCCAGGUCAUCGAGGCAUGCAAGCCUCCAAACCCUGUGACAAGGUUGUGGUCCUCUUGGAGGACAGUCUUACUUGCUGGAAUGUUAUUCAAGGGUUGUUCCUGAGCAAGUAAGAGUAAGUGUUGGCCUAUUGUGUUAGUAAUAUUGAGAUAAAAUUGCUCACAAAACUUGAGGAUCCGUCAUGUUUCUAAGGUGGCAAUAAAUAAGGUUCAAACAGCAGUAUUAUUUGAAGCAAAUGCAGUUUGAAAUUGAAUGAUUUAUUUCAUGGAAUUAAAAACCUUUAAUCUAAUCAUAUUCCACAGUAAAUAUGUACAUG